AUGGAUAUCGAAAAUGAAUCAUUCAUAAUAGAUUCGAUUGAAUCUAAAGGAUAUGAAGAGAUUGGUGGAGGCACAACAAAGAAUUGUUUUCAAUUUGAAAACAUUAACUGGAUUUUUUAA